CAAAAAAAAAAAACAUUCUCAAUUACGCAGAAGUUACUGUAUAGUGUUUUUUUUUUUUGAAGAGUGCUUAGCGUAGCGUGGUUUUCAUUUGUUUUCCAAAAUGGAUGAAGAUCUAAUGGGAUUCUUUGACUUUUCAAAGGAAUUUAAACGCACUGAAGCUCCAAAAGGAUGUAUUUCUUCCAACUUUGUCGGUCUAGGCACAGAAAAGGAAAAGACGAAGCCACCUAAACAAGAGAAUCUCGGCACUGAAUAUGUCAAGGAAAUAGUCGACCGCGAAAAGCAAAACCUCGAGUCGCUCGGAAUCGGUGGAAGCGCUGCCAAACGAAAUCGCACUUUGGAUGACAUUGAUUCCGACAACGAAGAGUGCUAUGAAGCGCCUGAUCUGCGAUUAGAUGAGGAGUUUUAUUCAAAAUAUUAUUUCGAUUUGAAUCGUGACAAGACUUUGCCAAUUUAUACUCAACGCGAUCAAAUUAUGAAAGCUAUUAGAGAGAACACUGUUGUCAUACUCAAAGGUGAGACCGGAUGCGGCAAAACUACUCAGGUGCCGCAAUACAUAAUAGAUGAAGCCUAUCAAAAUCGGCAAUACUGCAACAUUGUGGUGACGCAGCCUCGACGGAUAGCAGCCAUCUCGAUAGCAAACCGUGUCAGUCAAGAGCGUCACUGGGAGCCCGGUACUGUAUGCAGUUAUCAAGUGGGUUUGCAUCGCCAAUCAGGUUCAGAGGAUGCACGGCUUCUCUACUGCACCACCGGAGUCCUGCUAAACUUUUUGAUUAAUCAUAAGACCUUGACUCACUACACCCACAUUGUCCUGGAUGAGGUGCAUGAACGUGAUCAGGAAAUGGACUUCUUGCUUAUUGUGGUUCGCCGUCUAUUGGCCACCAAUUCGCGACACGUCAAAGUUAUUCUUAUGUCAGCGACUAUAGAUAGCCGUGAAUUUGUUCAAUAUUUUGCGACUAAAAAUGGCAUUCCUCCGGUGAUAAAUGCAAGUCACGGACGUAAAUAUCCUUUAGUAAAGUUUUAUCGAGAUCAAUUAAAAAAUAUGCAAUGGCAAGAAGACCAGCCUAAUCCAGAUGAGCCGGGCAUGGGAUCACAUGGAUAUUCGGCAGCUAUUAAAAUUCUAUUGGUUAUUGACAAUAUGGAACGUAGGACUGAAGGACAAUCCCAACGUAGCUACGAAGAAAACCUAAAGACUGGUUCAGUACUGAUUUUCUUGCCAGGAAUAAAUGAAAUUGACAACAUGGCCGAGAGUAUUGAUCAUGUGAUGCAAGAGAAUCCUGCAUUAAAGGUUAGCAUAAUACGCUGCCAUUCUUUAAUGACUCCCGAUUCACAGCGAGAUGUCUUUGCCUCGCCGCCUGUUGGCUAUCGCAAGAUUAUUUUGACAACCAACAUUGCCGAGAGCUCAAUAACUGUGCCCGAUGUGUCAUAUGUAAUUGACUUUUGUCUUGCAAAAGUGCUUGUCACGGAUACGGCCACCAAUUUCAGCUCAUUGCGUUUGGUGUGGGCUUCCAAGUCAAAUUGCCGACAGCGAGCCGGACGCGUGGGUCGCUUGCGCAGCGGACGUGUCUAUAGAAUGGUCCCCAAAUCAUUUUACAUGAAACAUAUGCUUGAGUUCGGCGUACCGGAGAUGUUACGCUCACCAUUAGAGAGUUCUGUUUUGAAGGCCAAAGAAUUAAAUAUGGGGCCACCGAUCGAAAUGUUAGCAUUGGCGCUAUCGCCGCCAAAAUUGUCGGACAUUAGAAAUACUAUCUUAUUGUUAAAAGAGGUUGGCGCCUUAUAUCCCACUGUGGAUGGCAACUAUGUAGAAUUAGAUGGAGAUCUUACUCCUUGGGGCAGCAUAAUGACUAGAUUGCCACUAGAUAUCCGUUUAAGUCGUUUGGUUCUCUUGGGUUAUGUCUUCAAUUGUCUAGAUGAAGCUAUUGUUAUGGCUGCCGGUUUGUCUGUGCGUGGACUGUAUCUACAGGAAGCAGGUUUUCAAAGUUAUGAAGCUUAUUGGAUGCACUAUGUCUUUGCAGAUGGUUCCUCAUCGGAUUUGGUGGCCAUUUGGCGUUUUUAUAAGACCUAUUUGAACAUGUGCGAGAAUCGCAUAAUGCAGGAGUCGGCAGCUCAAUGGGCCAGACGUUAUCAUAUUUCGCUCCGAUCUCUGAAGGAGAUGCAUUUGCUAGUCCAGGAACUGCAGUACCGUUGCAAUAAACUACGGCUUCACCCCGUGCAGUUACAGUCGUGUCAAAUUAAGGAUGAUCGCGAACGCGCACUCAUACUUAAGAUUCUUAUUGCUGGUGCAUUUUAUCCAAAUUAUUUUAUCCGAUCAAAUAAAUUCAAUCCGGACUAUGGUCGUAAUACGUACCAAGUCCUCGGUGGCUACGAUCCUUGUCGCACUGUAUAUUUCACCCAUUUUGAGCCACGCUAUAUGGGCGAGUUGUAUACACGUCGCAUAAAAGAUUUGUUUUCGGAGGCGAAAAUACCACCAGAAAAUAUGGAUGUCAAUUUUCAGGUCGGUUCGGAGAAGAUAUUUGUAACGUUUAAGCAAACGGAAGAUGAGAUGGAUCAGUUAAACUUGAUCCAAGUGCCUGGACGUAUAUUAACAGAUGUUUACAAGGCUGUCAGACUACGCAUAGGCAAACAAUAUCGCCCUAUACGUGUCAUGGAGCUCCCACACGCUAUUCAGUAUGUGCAAGAAAACAAGAUUGGAACUGUUAUUGAAGGUCAGUGGCAUCCACCCUCAAAGCCUUUUAAUGCCGGACUUAUGGCCUUACCUUCAGUAUAUGACAAAAAUAUGAUUGGAUACAUAACACAUAUUGUCAGCUGUGGCAAAUUCUUUUUCCAACCGCUCGAAUUGGCUGAUUCCAUAACCAACAUGUCCGAGCAUAUAAAUUCGCCGAAGAAUCUAAGCCAUUAUGUCGUUGAUGCCGGAUCUAUAACCAAAAAUUUAAAGCUGUUGGCCAAACGUGUCGAUGAUUUCCAGCGUGCCCAGGUAAUCAGAGUGGAAACGCACAGCCAUCAGUAUCCCAAGUUCCGUGUGCGUUUCAUUGACUACGGUGAUAUCGCUGUAGUGCCAAUGGAUCAAUUACGUUUCAUGUCCAACCAAUUGAAGCGAGAAUAUGAUGAUUUGCCGCCACGUUGCUUUGAGUGUCGCCUCGCUCUGGUGCAGCCUGCUGCCCUGACCAGCAACUAUAACCGUUGGCCGAUAAAGGCUAACGAAAUGGUCCGCAAAAUAGCCAUGGAUGGACGAGUUGAAAUGGAGAUCUACUCUCUGGUUAAUAAUGUGGCUGCUGUUUUCAUUAAAAUGCGGGAGGGAGUUCUUAACGAUAAACUGGUAGAGAAAAACUACGCACGGCGCUCCGAUGAGGACUUUGCUUCAAUACAAGAUCAUGAUUUCCGUUUGCGGAAACAGGAACGUAGCUUCCAUGUUCCAAGAGCGGAGCGUAAGCAGGUGAAUGAGGAAUACUUAAGAGUAAGUCGAUUACCACAGGAUGCGGAUUUGUCACCACCGCCGAUGCACAAAUGCCAAACUGUUGUACGUUUGAAAGGGCCCUAUAGUCCCCUAGAGGCCUCCAUGUUCUCCACUAUCCGAGCAAGUGCUUGUAAAACAGUUCGAAUCGAUCCACUUUCAGUGAAUUCAGUUUUGCUUGAUUCCAAUCCGCAAGACCGACACGAUCAGUUAAUAGUUUCUGCCUCUGUGACGACUAGUAAUAAUAAUCAAGUUUUAACUGUACGAGGAUCUACGGUUAUGCCCAAUACCCACGGGUUCGGUGCUUUAAUGGCCCUCAUUUUUUGCCCCACUGUACAAAUUAAAUGCAACAAGGAAUGUACGAAAUUUGUUAGCCUUUUAGCUGGUUUGGGUUAUAACCCCGAAACAAUGGAGCCUUAUUAUGAAGAUCAUGACGUAGUGAUGAACUUGGAUGUGAAUCUACUUGAAGAUGACGUGCGCCUGAUUAAUCAAAUGCGCUAUAAUAUUGAUACCAUUUUCUUUAAAUAUGAAGGAGAAGAUGCACCAGCAGUGUCUGAAGGUGAUCGAAGCAUAGUGUUUAAUCAGUUACGUUGUUUGCUUAGCCGGCUUCUAAGCAAGGAUCGUUGUUAUAUUGAGCCCCAUAGCAGCAACUUGGACAAUGUUUGGGAAAAAUUGGACAAUCUGGAGCCCCAGUCAGAGCCUUACGGCAAACGUGCGAUAUUCCCAAUGCAUACAAUACCAGAAUUACAGAACGAGGAUACGACUGCUAGAUUGGUAUUGCAGGAGAAUUGCAAGCGACUAUACAGUUGGCGUACUUUCGAUGGCGUUUUACAGCCCUUAGACUGUAAGCUCUGCAAUCAAAGACUCGAGACUGUUAGCCAGCUACGGCUGCAUUUACUAAGUCAAUUGCAUCGCGAUCGCGAGAAGCAAAUUGGAUUUCAGGAUAACUAAGCUUGACGCUUGACGCAACUUGACGCAGAUAUAAAAAAAACAAUGAUUGACUCAGUUUCUAUCCUAUCCAAGGAAAAAGCAUACUUAACGAAUUUAACUCCUACUAUAUUUACGAAAUAUGAAUAUGAUAAUUAGUUAAUUUAAUUUCUUUAACACUUGAUAUACCGCUGAAAAGGUUAUUUUUUUAGUUUAAUUUCUUACCAAAUAUAAAAUGCAAAUCAAAAGACAGAAA